AUGUAAUUUGGUAAAAAGUUACUUUCAGAGUUUCCUUUAGAUUAAAAAUAAUUAAAUAUUAACCAUGGAAGCUAUGGCGUAGAACCUUUAGUUAUUUAAUAAAAAAGAUAAAAAUAUAUUGAAAUGAUAAAUAAAAAUCCUGAUUAAUGGUUUCGUUUUAAAUUAGAAAAUAAAAUAUAAAAAUGUAGAUAAACUCUUUCAAAUUAUAUUAAUUGUGACCUAGAAGAUUUAGUUUUUUCGAGAAAUGCCACUACAGCGUUUUCUGACGUAUUAAAUUCAAUAGAUUGGAAUUAAGAUGAUAUAGUACUACAUACAAAUAUAAUUUAUGUAAAUAUUAACAAUUAAUUGAAAUAUCUUUCUCAAAAGAGAGGUAUAAAACUUAUUGAAGUUAAUUUAACAAAAGAACUUUUAAAUAAUCAUGAUUAACUUUUGGAAUUUAUUGAAUAAAUUAUUUAGAAAAAUAAAAAAAUAAAAGCAUUUAUUUUUGAUCAUAUUUCUUCAGUUCCAGCACUUAUAUUUCCAGUUCAAAGACUAAGCUUAUUAUGCAAGGAAUAUAAAAUUAUUUCAAUUUGUGAUGGAGCACAUUGUGUUGGUCAAAUUAAACUAAAUUUGAAAGAGAUCGAUGUCGAUUUUUAUUUCUCUAAUUUACAUAAAUGGUUAUUUACUCCUCGAUCUUUUGCAUUUUUAUAUGUAAAUAAAAAAAAUUAAAAAAAUGCAUUCCCAGCAGUAAUUGGAUAUUACUAUAUAUAAAAUUCGUUUGCUGAAAAAUUUUAUUAAUAAGGCACUACAGAUUUAUCUGUUUAUCUGACAGUAAGAGACGCAUUGGAAUACAGAAAACAAUUAGGUGAAGAAGAGAUAAUUAAUCAUAAUAGAUAAUUAGCUUGGAAGGUUGGACAAAUUGUAAAAGAUAUAUGGCAGUCUGAAUUAUUAAUAGAUAAAAAGAAUUAAUUGGUAGUAUGAUUAACAUAGAAAUUCCUUUUGAGCUUAAAGAUUUAAAUUAAAUUAACAAUGCUUUAAAAGAAAUGAAUUUCUAAUAUAACUUUUUUUUUCCUGUAUUUAAUUUCUAAGAUAAAUUGUAUGCUAGAUUUUGUGCUUAAAUAUAU